AUGGACGCAGCAGUCGUGGGAAAAACGGUGGGAGGCAUCAGCGCCUCUGUGUCCACCUCACAACCGCUUCGAAAUGUGCACAGUAGCAAUGGUCUGUCCAUAGAAAACAACGUAACUAGUGGCACGAAUGGGCAGGCAGCAGGAGAAGCGUCUGUGUCGCUUACGAAGCUGCAGGAGAUCAUCAAGGCGCAGAAGGAGUGGGUCAAGUAUAUCAUUUUUGACGGGGACGCCACGAUUCUCUUAAGUAACAUGAAGCCACUGGAAGGAGAAGUUGCGGGUUUUCUAAAACUUUAUAACAAGCGCGAAGACACGAUAAUGUCUGGAAUCGUGCUACUUAAUGAGCAAUAUGACGUGCAUCGUUUUCAUCCACCACUUGUGUAUGGCCGUCGAGGAGAUCCGUCGGUAGAAGAAGGAGAAGGAAUUGCCAUGUGUAAAGUCGUACAAGGCCAUCGGAUGCUCUAUUGUCUCAUUACGUAUGUCUAUCCAACUCUAUCGGCUCGUGCUGUGCCACAGUUGAAAGAGUUUUGUGAGACACAAUGUGAGUUGAUUGAGUAA